AUGUGCUGCUUAUACCUUUACAGAACUGUUGAUUGGAGAUCAGCGCCGUACUUGAAAUCCUCUCAAGGAAUUGCAACGAAAGCUGAGGGGUGCUAUGAAAUCUCGGAAAGCCGACCUAUAUGUACAGCGAGGACAGGACCAUCGAAUAUAAUCGUAUCGGAUCUUGUCCCCUUGCGAAAACGUGGGAAUUACAUGGCCGUUGUGCUCGCCAUCUACGGUGUAGGCACAUCCUUGGGCCCAUUUAUCGGCGGCGCUAUCGUAUCUUUGACUACUUGGAGAUGGGUUUUCUGGAUAAAUCUCCCGAUCGGCGGAGCGUCGCUUGUUAUUCUCUACCUUUUCCUUCACGUUGAGUACAACAAGGAAAUGGGAUGGGUAGAGAAACUGAAACGCAUCGACUACGUUGGCAGUGCCAUUCUCAUGGCAGCUACAGUUGCUAUACUCUAUGCGCUGAGCUAUGCUGGGUCUAUUUAUGCCUGGUCAUCUUGGCACACUCUCGUACCCUUGCUCCUUGGGCUCCUCGGCUUGGUCAUAUUUGGCUUCUAUGAGAACACCACAUUCCCAGUCGAGCCCUUGAUGCCACCACGACUCUUUGGUAACCGAACAUCUGUCGUCGUUGCGAUCAUAACUUUCAUCAACUCUGCCCUUCUAUUCUGGCUCAUUUUCUUCCUCCCGGUAACAGGAGUCGCCCUACUGCCACAGUCUCUGGUCGGUAUACCCGGCGCUGCAAUCUCUGCUGUCGCGUUGAGCCGCUGGGGCAAAUAUCGCCCAUUGCACUUUGCAGGCUUCGCCGGGUGGAUAUUGGGACUCGGCAUGUUCUCUAUCCAGGACGAAAAUACGAGCGUCGCCGAAUGGGCCGUCUUUCAGUGUUUGUUGGCCCUCGGUGCCGGUAUGGUCCUCAACACUCUGCUGCCGUCUUUCCAGGCCCCGGUUUCUGAGGCAGACCAGGCUGCAGCCACAGCAACUUGGUGUUUUAUCCGGACUUUGGGAUAUAUCUGGGGCGUUGCGAUCCCUGCGGUAAUCUUCAACAACCGCGUCGACACAUUAUCAUAUCGGAUCUCAGAUCAGGGCGUUCAUAACCAGCUUACAGGAGGUGGUGCAUACCAGUCGGCGUCCGCUGCAUUUGUGCGACAAUUCCCAGUUGAAUAUCAAGAUGAGAUCCGCGGGGUCUACAGAGACGCCUUAGAACGGGUUUGGCAGAUAGCCGUGGCAUUUGCGGGACUGGCAUUAUUAAUUGUGUUUUUAGAGAAGGAAAUUGUUUUGAGAACGGAAUUGGAAACUGAGUAUGGCCUGAAAGGUGAUCCGAAGAAAGUGGCGUUGAAUGGAGAUGGCGUGAAAAGUCGGGCGGAAGAUACAAUAGAGCAAUCACCAGUUACCAAAUAG